AUGGCAGAGAAGGAAGGAGGAAUCAUCAAGAAGGGCCACGAAGAGGGACUGGGGUUGGCGAUCGCGCUGCUGCAAGAGUUUGAACUUCCACUUGGGCUUUUGCCCCUGGCCGAUGUGAUUGAAGUCGGGUUUGUAAGGAGCACUGGCUACAUGUGGAUCCUCCAAAAGAAGAAGGUCGAACACAGCUUCAAAUUGAUCAGUAAGCUUGUGAGUUAUGACUCUGAAAUUAAAGGCUAUAUUGAAAAGAAGAGGAUUAAGAAGCUCAAGGGAGUGAAGGCCAAGGAACUCAUGCUCUGGCCACCAGUCAGUGAAAUAACUGCUGAUGAACAGCCCACUGGAAAGAUUCACUUCAAGAGCCUUGCUGGCAUCACCAAGACUUUUCCGGUUGAUGCAUUUGCUGCUGGGCAGUAA